ACUGACCAUGAUCCACGAAAUCCGGCUUACAUAGCGACCCAAGGACCUCUUCCUCACACGGCAGCUGAUUUUUGGCAGAUGGUCUGGGAGCAAGGAAGCGUUGUUGUUGUCAUGCUUACUCGACUAAUGGAGAACGGCGUUGCAAUGUGCCAUCGCUACUGGCCUGAAGAGGGCAGUGAAGUCUACCAUAUUUAUGAGGUUCAUCUUGUUUCUGAACACAUUUGGUGUGACGAUUACCUUGUUCGAAGCUUUUACCUCAAAAAUCUUAAGACCUCUGAAACCCGGACUGUCACACAGUUCCACUUCUUGUCAUGGCCCGAAAAUGGCGUCCCAAGCUCUACCAAGGCUCUCUUGGAAUUCAGAAG